GUAAUCUUACAUAACAUGACUAUGUAUCUUUUUAAGUCGGACCUCUUCCAAGAUGACUUGUAUCCAGAUACUCUUGCUGACAUACCUGCUAUUUCAGCUGAAGAGUGGAUAGAUGGUAAAGAUGCUGAUCCUGUUUUGAUCUCAUUGAAGGAAGGAUAUGUGCCUUCAAAGAAGCAGGAAUUAAAGACAAUUUCAAAGUCCAAUAUCUUAGACAAUAUGCCUAAGAAAAACAGCCCAACGCCACAGCCUUCGAAGCAGAAACUGGAUGAAUUGUUGGAAGAAGUAAAAAAGUUAAAGAUGACCAUCCAAAAACAUGAAGUUCGCAUUUUAGAUCUUGAAAAGAAAUUCGAAAGUAGAACUGGGCAAAUGAAUCUUCUGAAAAAAGCUCAAACCAAUAAUCAUGGAGAGAAACAUUUAAUGCCUGAUGAAGUGUGAUUUAAAUACAUUUAGUUAUAUUUCAUUAGUUAAUGUUUUAUUAUGCAUUGUUUCUUUCUCAAUUGUAUUUAAAAAAUCCGUGCCUGUAGGUUAUAAAUAUUGACAUCCCAUUUAUAUAUAGAAUGUACUGUAAUUAAACUUUUUAUAUCAAUUUUCUGUGUACAAAAUUUACAUCUAAUACAUUCCUUUUUUUUUCCCCCUUGAGAUAUAUCAUUCAUAUACUUUUUGGAUAAUUUGAAUGUGUGUGAUGAAUCUCACUACAUUUUAAGAAAAGUGUUUGUGAAAUUUGUAAUAACCGUUUGUUUUGCAAAUCAAGUAUUGAAGUCAUAUGACUCAUUAAAUCAUUUUUGUAUGUUUAAAAUGUAUGCAACAUUUGAACUGUUAAAUGAUUUUAGUUGCCGAUCAAUUAAAUGUUUCAUAAUCAUUUCUAAAGUUAUAUAAAAUAAAGUAUGAACAUUAAAAAUGUACAUAAUUUUGAUGGUUUCAGUAUAUUCCAUUUUUGAAGGUUUAGCUCUGUAAGCAUUUUAUUUUUGAUGUCUUUAUAUACUGUAAAUUAUUAAUUAUAUGUAAUCAAAAUUCAUUUUAAAAUAGCAUGUUGAUAUGCACAUUGCAUUUUAAAUCUAAGUGCAUAACCUGCAAGAUUGCCUUUUUUAUCUCGUAAAUUUGUUAAUUAAAAAAUAAUAUAAAAUAAAUUUCAUUGUGAGAACAAGUUCUAGAUAUAUUCACUGAAAUAUAAUAACUUGUUUUUUAAUAUCAUAUUGAUGGCAUUAAAACUAAAUUUUAGCAUAUCGUAUAUUUUCAGUAAUGUUUUCGUAUUAAAAUAGUUUGUAUGGCUCAAAUAUACCAAAAUGUGUAAUUACUUUUGGGUAAUUUUUAAAAUGUUCUGAAACUUUAUUUACAUAUGUAACUAGCUACUAAAUUAUUAAAUGCACUUUUUAUAUUGAGUUGUGAUGUGGUUUUGUAAAUCAAAUCUGAUUGUUAAUGUGUCUUGUAAUUUUAUUAACAAUCAUGUUUUGAGUUCUUUUUGCAUUUAUGAAGUAUAAAUGUUCUCAAUUCCAUUAUAAUAGUCUUCCAUUUUUUUCAUUUAACGACAAUUAAAAUAGAUGUCAUCAAAAUGUAAGUCUCAAUUUUUACAAAACUUGUACAACAGUUAAAUUAUGAUACUUCUAUUUAUUUUAAUUUUAGCUCAUAUAUGAUCAUAAUUUCAUUUUGUAAUUUUUCAUUUGUACAGUAAGGAAUGCAAUUAGUGUUCAUGGCAUUGCAUCAACAAAUUCCAAAAUUCAAAAUUUGUAUACUACUUUUGUAAUUUGACAAAAUUCCUAUUACAGGAUCUUAGUGUCAUACUUGUGAUAGUUUUUUAUUGAAAAUUUUUACUGUUUAUGCACUUCUCUAAAUAAAAGAUUACCCUAUAUAAUGUGAAUUCUUUAAGAAUAUAAAGUGCUAACUUGCAGUUUUUUUUAAUCUUUUUUUCAUUGAGACAUAUUUUGCAUAGGUUAUAAAAAUAUAACUUAGUUAUAUUGCUACCUCUAAUAUGUGUUCUUUCCUUAUACUCUUUUCUAAUUUUAUUCCAUUAUUCUUAAUGAACUCUUACCCAUGUAAUAUGUCUGAAUUUAUGUCUUCCUUGUAAAUUAAUUUAUUGAGGUAGAUUGUAGAGCUUUUAAUCGAUCUAUAAUAUUGUUUAGAUGAUUUCAUUUUAAUAAUAUCAAAACAGCAUAAAUUUAGGAAAAGAAUAGAGAAAAAGUGUUUAAAGCUUUUGAGCUUUUAAAACUUUUCUCCGCUUUUUGAUAUUGGGUUGUUUUGAUAUAAAGUAUAACAAUAUUUUUUUCAGGUGAACUAUGUAAAAUUAACCUUAAGAAACAGUUAUCAUGUGAUUUUUAUGUCAACACCAGAGGGCCUAGGUUGGUUUUACUACUUGCACUACUAAAACAUAACAUUUAUGAGAGGAUGUAAAUUUAAAUAUAAUUUUGUAUUUUUGAUUUUAACUCUUCUUCAAACAAAAAUUACUUCUGAUUGAAAACUUUGAAUUUGGGAUAUAAUAUGACUGUUUCCAUUAAGAAAAAGUUAUGCAGUCAACUCCCAAAUAAGGGGUCCUAUCAAAAAAUUAAAGUUUAUUUAUUGUGAAACGGAAGAAAAAUUACUCUGACAUAUUUUGAAGCAAGUUUUAAGACUCUUUGAAAAAUACAAAAUCGAAAAAAAAAAAUUUAAAAAAAAAUGGAGUAACAGCAGGUGAUAACAGAUAAUGCCAUAAAUAUCCAGGAGCUGUUUUGAUCCAUAGCAGUAUUGUGCAUAAUCCAGGAUAUAUAAAUAUCCUUAAAUCAUCUGUUAAAAAUAAACUACCAAGUUCCAAAAGUAAGUUUACAAUCAUCAUAAUCUGCUAUUUCACGCUGAACUUCUAUUAAAAUACAAAUGUAAUACACACACACACACAAAAAAAAAAAAAAAAAAAAAUUGCGCAGUGGUGUGAGGGAAAAAAAAAA